AUGGGUAAGCAAGGAGCCUAUCUAGCCAUCUUCGGCUUGCCGUUGGGUCUGGUGAUAGCCGGAGUGCAAGCCUGGUUCUGGCCCGUACCCGGAGUGGAGAUCGACAGGAUUUACGGUGGCCAAGUGUGCAUGGGCUGCCUCUGUCUGCUUGGCGGUCUGCAAGUGUCGGCUGGCGAAGUGAAAAAGUCCCCGAAACGACCGUACGUUUGGGGACUAAUCAGCAUUCUGCUGGUUUCGCCAUUGGCGGCAAUAGAGUUACUGAAGCUGGUACCGCUCGCAACCGUGACACCGACUCCCGACACGCCGACACCAGGAACUACCGUACCGGUAGAUCGUCAAACAGCGACAUACACAAGGAAAGCCAAUAUCAAUAGCUCUUGUUCCUACAUCAAAUCUACCGAGGGACAGCUAGGCCCGCAGGAGUUCGUGUAUGGACUAGAAGUAUUCGCGGCUGCGCCAUGUGCAACUUCAGCAGCAUUUGUGUUCACGAUGCUUCUCGACGGUGACUUUCUCGUGAUUGCUGUGAUGUCUUGGAUCCCGCUUACCUCAGCUUUCCUGUACUACCCUGCCUUGCUCAACUGGCGCUCCGAUAUUGGAUUGAAAGCAAGAUUCAAAGGGACUUCUUGGCGAACCCUGCUUUUGGAGCAUUUUCUGGUCGUGAUGAUUCCGAUGAUUGUUGGUCUUAUCCUACACGCAUGCGUAUCACCGGUACAGAGGUUCACGGAGAAGCACAGAGUAGCCUUGCAGAAUGUCUCCAACACCUUCUUAGUCCUUCUCGCCUGGAUGGUAGUCAGCAAGAUCAGUGAGGAGAAAGUCUACAGCUGUGUGGACACCAGUGCUCUUCUAUACCUCAUUGGAAUGGCGGUGCUACUACAGCUACUCUUCUUAAUCAUGAACUCUCUUGCGUCACGCAUGGUCUGCUUUAAGAAGGAACAGGCACUGGCUGUAGUGUUCAUGUGUAGUCUGAAAAUGCUGCCAAAUUCUCUCACUGUGAUCUCGUCGUUUGACACGGAUCGCGGUGCUAGAGAUCUAAUGUCGCUGGCGUGUAGAUUUGCUUAUCUAGUGCAGCUGAUGCUGAGCGCACUGCUCUCACUGCUCUUACUGAGAUGCGGUCGACGAAGUGCAAUGUUGGAGGACAACACAGACCCCGCCAACGAGGAUAUGCCGGACCUUGACGCACUCACUCUCCGCGUUCUUAUGCGUCUCGCCCGCUCUGCGGCAGAAAAUGAUGCUGAUGAGGACCAGGAAGAGGGAGAGACAAGUUUUGGCGUUCUAUACUGA